GCUGUGCCGUGGUAUAGUGAGGAAAUUGCCGCAAAGAGACUAGUCUGCUACACAGUCGUUUUUAGUGCCGUCACGCAACGCUCCUCCCCACUAACGGAUGCUGAAAACCGAACCACAUUCCUUUCCCUUUGUUUUUGUGGUCUAACGAACAAACCAAUCAUGUAUAAGAAACUUGACAAUACGUGAGCCGCAGGGCGCUAGGAGCGAGCACGCUUCUCAUUUUUCGACAAAUCAAUCAAUCGUCGCUGAAUUUUGAUGGGCUCUGUGUCUAAACGCAAGGAAAAGGUUGUUUGCAGAAAAGUUUGUUUUAAGCGGUUAACAAAAUUAAAAGUGAAAAAAAAAAAAAGUUUGAUAGGCCUGCAAGACUCUUCCAGGAUCGGUUAGUUCUUUUUAACGUGCAUAUGUAUGAUGAAUUUCAUGUGCCGGAUGUGCUCAUUGUGUGUUCUUGUACAUGUGAAGACUGUGAAGAUUAAACUCUCAGGGGUACUGAUUCAAACAAAAGCAAUCUUAUGAAUUAUCGAUAAGCGAUUUCCCGAAACUAUACGCGGCAAUUUUAUAUGCACAUAGAUGUUGUGCACCAUAUUUGCUCGACUUGCUUGCUGUUGCUGCUUAUCUCAAAAAUUUUGAAAGGACUCGACUACGACAACACUACUCUAGUUGAUUGCUUGUUUUCACGCGACGAUUUUGAUUGUUCUGUCAUUCACACAUGGGGCAACGAUAAAAGCAAAGCUGUGAUUGGAGGAGUCACCAUACCGCAAACGUAGCGCGAACACCUUCCAGAAAAUGGGAGCUGAAUUCUAAUUGGCUAAUCGCGGGAAACGAAUGUGGUUCGGUUUUCAGCGGCCGUUAGUGGGGAGGAGCGUUGCGUGACGACACUAAAAACGGCUGUGUAGCAGACUACAGAGAGACGCAAACGUCGUAAAUUGGAAAGGCGUUGGCGUAAGUCUGGAACUGAAGCAGAUAAACUGCAAUAUGCCGAUCAGUGUAGUAGAAUUCGUAAGCCCUUGAAAUCUUCAAAGAUGAGUUAUUACGCUUCGCUUAUUAAUGAAAAUAAAUCGGAUUCCAAAGUUUUAUUUAACACCAUAGACCGUGUGCUGCAUCGUACGCCUCAAAACCACUAUUCAUCCUGUGACUCUCCAAAGGAAUUAUGUGAUAAGUUCGCUGACUUUUUCUGUGACAAAAUUGUGACAAUCAGGCAUCAACUGGAUACGUUAUCUUUUACUGAUGCUCCUGCUUGUCCAUUGAUUGAUGACGCCUUUUAA